CUCGCAGAAGAGAUGCCCAACUUUCCCCUGCCUCCCCGGCGGCGCGGAGCCGGGCGGGAGGCGGCGGGGCUGGAGCGCGGCGCAGCGGGUAUCGGGGGGGUCCCGCCGCCGCCGCUCCCCCCAAGCCCGGAGCCGGCCCUCGCCUCGCCGAGAUGCCCGCGAUGGUCCUGCUGCUCUGCCUGGCCCUAGGGCCGGCGCUGCGUUCUGCCAGGUGUGAGAGCACAGAGGAGUAUGAUUACGAUUACCUCAGCAUCAAUAAAACCUGGGUCCUCACCCCCAAGGCACAGGAGACAGAUGCCACGCAGAUCCUCAACUCACUUUUGAAGAACUAUGACAACAAGCUGAGGCCUGAUAUUGGCAUCAAGCCCACGUUUAUCGAUGUGGAUAUCUAUGUGAACAGCAUUGGGCCUGUGUCUGUCAUCCAAAUGGAAUACACCAUUGAUAUCUUCUUUGCUCAGACAUGGUACGACCGGCGUCUUCGUUUCAACAGCACCUUGAAGGCCCUCACACUGAACACUAACAUGGUGAGCCGCAUCUGGAUCCCAGAUACCUUUUUUAGGAACUCUAAGAGGGCUGAUUCUCACUGGAUAACCACCCCAAAUCAGCUCCUCCGCAUUUGGAAUGAUGGAAAAGUGCUCUACACACUCAGGCUGACGAUCGAGGCUGAAUGUCUGCUCCAGCUGCAGAAUUUCCCAAUGGACACUCACUCCUGCCCUUUGGUUUUUUCUAGUUAUGGCUACCCACGUGAGGAGAUUGUCUAUCGAUGGAGACGCUAUUCCAUUGAGGUCUCCGACCAGCGCACCUGGAGGCUCUACCAAUUUGACUUCACGGGGCUGAGGAACACCUCGGAAGUUCUCAGGACUGGAGCAGGGGAGUACAUGGUGAUGACAGUUUCUUUUGACUUAAGUAGGCGGAUGGGUUAUUUUGCCAUUCAGACCUACAUUCCCUGCAUCCUGACUGUUGUUCUCUCCUGGGUUUCCUUCUGGAUCAAGAGGGACUCUACACCAGCCAGGACGUCUCUGGGUAUCACCACUGUGCUAACAAUGACCACACUGAGUACCAUCUCCCGCAAGCACCUUCCCCGUGUUUCCUACAUCACAGCCAUGGACCUCUUUGUGUCUGUGUGCUUCAUCUUCGUCUUCGCAGCCCUCAUGGAGUAUGCUACACUCAACUACCUGGUGGGAAACAAGAAGCCACUGGAGCACAACAGCAGGAAAGCCAGACUGCCACCUGCUGGCGCACAGGUGAUGCCAUCCUUUACUGCUAUCAACAUCAACAUCAACAACAUCAUGCACUGGCCUCCAGAGAUAGAGGAGGAUGACGAUGAUGACCCUGGCUCUCCAUGCCUGGAAGGAAAGGAAUGUGAGAGGUUCUUCUGCUGCAUUGAGGACUGUCAGACAGGGAUGUGGCGGGAGGGCAGGGUCCGCAUUCAUAUCUCCCGCCUGGACUCCUACUCCCGUGUCUUCUUCCCCACUGCCUUCCUGCUCUUCAAUAUCGUCUACUGGAUUGCCUAUCUCUAUCUCUAGCCAUUCUUCCUCAGCUGGAAUGGACUGGAGGCCAAAAAGAUGAACUCUUCAAGGAGCAUAGAGAGAACAGUGUCUCUUCUGUUUAGUUGAUUGUCGCUCUGAACAUUUCAACCUUCUUCCAACUCUCUCAUCUCUUCUAAGAAGAACCAGACAGCUUUUUUUCUUUUUUUUUUUUAACUUUUUUUUUUUUUUUAAACCUCCAAACCUAUCUUUUUAGAGAACCUUCCCUUCCCCAAAACCCUUUCUCCAGUACCACCAGCAUUUGGCUCCUUGUAAGAUUGCCCCAAAAUUCCUAUUCCCAUCUAAAACAUUAGGGAUUUUGUCAAGAACAAAAACCUUAAUGCUUCAUUUUUCCAUGCAUACUUACCCCAAAAUUCCAUGAGAAGUGAUUGCAAAUGGAGUAUUCUGUGUAGUUACUACAUCUGCAAAGAAAAUAAAAUGUACUUUACAACUUCUGUACCACCUACACCCAAAUAGACUUUGUGGAGUGCUGAGGGCUUGGAGAGGUCACAAAGAAAGAAUGGUGAAAGAAGGUGAUAGUACAGGUUUCCCAAAGUAGCUGUAUGUGAUUGGAAUGUUUUGAACCUGCCCAAAAACUGAGAGUGGCACAGACAAGGACGGAGUAGCCACAAGCCUCCACCAGCUCCUUGUAGCAUAUCUGUGGAGCAUUCCUAAUGCAUCACUUCACUUGUUGUAUCAAGUGGCAUCGAAGGCACUCACCCAGGGAGGCAUUUUUCUUUAGGUGGUGGUGAAAAGCGCCUCACAAGUUUUAGAAGGCCCAUCUGCUUUACUGGAGCAGGCUUUUCAGUGCUUGUGUUGACACUCAAUUUACGAUCAAUACUUUGAGCAGUAAACACAGCUUAUAUUGAGCAUAGCCAAAACAGGUAGAAAAGUCCUUGUGCUGUGAAGACUAGAAGCAGUCCCAUGAAUCCAUAGAGCAGUAGAUGUCUUUGGCUUGUCUCGUGUGAUCGGGGCCCUAUUCUAUCAUACGUGGUAGCAGGGUAGUGCUCUCAUUUACAAGGACUCUUGUUGAAACCAUCAGAUCUGUGCAUGGUAGUUGAUGCUAACUUAAAAAUAAGUAUUAGAGAAAGGAACACUGUCAGCUACAAGUGCUGCAUUUGCUGGUAGUGGGAGAGCAAGUUCCUGCAGCUCAGAUGUUUCCUUCCUUUUUUUUUUUUUUUUAUUAAAUAUUUAAAUUAAAAAACAGACUUUGUUCAAACUGAAUGAAUCCUUCCACUUGUCACCAAUCUCUACUCCUUUUCUUCCCAAAAUGAGAAAAGGUAGCAAGUGCUCCUUGGUAGCUCUCUUACAGAUCAGACACAGAGAUGGCUGCUUUGCAGGACCGUGGUCCACUACAGUGGGAUUCUUCAACAAACCUAAAGAAAAGGACUAGAAAAAUGCAAAAUAUAGUCUCAGCUGGAAAGAAACUGCAUGAUAUAGAAAGGCAAGUUCAGGUCUAAGGUAUAAAUUCAGGUCUCCCCAUUUAUACCAGCUGCUGAGAUGGACCACAGCAUGACUGUGAAAUGUAGUAUGCCACUAAUGUUUGCUUACUCUGUAAAUUACAAACAGAACCAAUCUUUUUAAGAACAGCGUGUAUUAGACAAAUUGCUACCUAAAAGGCUCAUCAUGAGAAAAAAAGCCGGCAUGAUUGCAGAGAAAAGUUAGGAAUGGUUGGCUCUUCGGACAGCUAAUGGGUAGGAGGUUUUAUAUAUUCUUAGAGAGCAAUUUGAUCUGGUUUAAAGAUGGAUUUUGACACUGUUAAAUCUGAUCUGAAUAAUGAAGUGUCAUGUUUAAUUCAUUCAUAAAUACAGCUUUACCUUGGUUCCAGAGAAACAGCUAGAGUGCCUAAUUAAGUAUACAAUAGUACAACACUCAGCUAAGUAUAACCUAAUGGGGUCAGACCAGCAUAGCUCUGGAAGGGGAAAUUGUGCCUGUCUAACCUGUUACAGUUCUUUUAAAAUACCAAGUAAGAGAUAAAGGUUACCCAGAAGCAUAAUUUGCUUAGCUACUCUGACAGCUUCUGAAAGGAGGGAAAGAAAUUAUGGCGGGUGGUUCUAACUAAGGAAAUUGAUUUAGCAAAAGAAUUAUUAAGGAGGUUCUAAUUAGAGGAAAUUAACUGAGGAGAGGGGGAAAAAGAAUUGUUAAGGAGGCUCUAAUUAGAGGAAAUUAAUGUUUUAGAGAAAGACAAAGAGAGGGAGAAGUCUAAGAAAAGAAUCAAAACAACUUCCAGACAAGGAGGGCUGCUGGGUGACAGUGCCAACUCCCAGCCAAGCAGGUUGAUGUUCUGCUCCUGAUAGCAAAGUACUAUUAGACGUAGCAAUACAAAAAGCUUCUAUGACUCAACUCUACUCAGACAGGGAGCUGAAUUAGAUAGGGACCUGUGAUCUCAACAGGAAAGAGCAUCUUAGAUUAAAAUUGGCUCGUGUGACAGACUCUGAGUGAAGCAUGUCUCCAGAUGUCAGAAGAUAGCUGCUAGUAUGUGUGUGGAAGGGGACACCCUGGUGGCAAGCCAGGGCCCAUGCCAAGUAUGAUCAUUAACAAAAUGGUAGCAUAAAAGAUAGGCAAGCAAUGUAGGCUGUGGUGAACACAGGCAGCAAUACCUGGAAGGGAAGCAUCCAAGACUGCUGGACAAGAAAAUUUAUUAUCCUUGCCCAAAAGAGCAAAUAUCUCAAAGUCAUUGCAGCUUCAGAGCACUUGGGAGCCUUGAUAGAUGAAGAUGGUCAUCAUGGACACCAGAGUAAAGGUUUCAGCCCUGAGAGCAGCAGCAUAUUGAAAUUAGACCUCUAACAGAAUAAGUAAGUCAGGAGAGAAGCACAGUGUACAAGUGAACUAAGAGGAUGAUAGGGACUUGGGCAAAGUAGACUUUAAUGACUAUAACAUUUCACACCAAAAAAAGACAAAGCCAACACACACCUCAGUUAUUUAACCAGUGAUGGAGAAUUUGAUCGAGGAAAAUAGCCCAGUGUGGGCUGGAGCACAAGGAAACUGAUUACUUAGGCUGUGUAAGGAGGAGGGACGGGGCUUUUUGGCAUAGGGAAAUCUAUGCCCAUCACAAAUAGCUCAAUAAAUCAAGACAUGCACAAAUUCAAGUAUGUUUUUAAGUAAGCUUCGACAGUUUCUUAAAAAAGGAAAGCCAAGAAAAGACAGAUAUAUAUAUAUUUUUUAAUUACUUUGCAAAGCUUCCAUUUCCUAAAACCAGGUGCAGGGAAUAUGGAGCACAGAGACCUUCAGCAGCCUGAAUUUGUGGCUGUAUUUGAGCAGUCAUGGGGAGCCAAGCCCCACUACUUCCUUCCCAAAACUGCUUCAACCAUCCGCCUUUCUCUGCAUUCUGUAGUUUCUGCCAUCAAGCUGGAGUGCCUUUUUCAUAUUGCAGCAUCUUUCAGCCUGGGACAGCUGUUGCCUUUUCACCAGUCUGACUAGCUCGCUCCAGGGUACACAGCCCAAGAACAUCUGGCUAAUGAUGGGGACUGAAAAUGAUGAUCUCAGCAUUUAUGUAUGGUGGUUUUUGUUUAGAAGAUGAAACAAGUCAGAAAAAAAAAAAAAAAGAAAAAAAAAAAGUUGAUUUCUCAUUUCUCUUUCUCCAAUUCCUUUCUCUCCAAAUUAUAACAGAUAAGGGACCAUUUUUAGACUGUAAGCUCUUCAGGGCAGGGACUCUCUUAUUGUGUAUUUGUAUGGAGCCUAGCACAUUAGGGUUUGUCAUUCAUUGAGAUUUUGGGAUGCUACAUAUUAUAGAUAAUAAACAACAGAAUGGACUCUCUGUCUCCAUU